ACCUCCCAGCCGACCACCGACCACCGACCACCAACCACCAACAUCCACAACAUCAAUACCAACAACACAUGAGGGUACCAGCCGAAUAACCACGCCCAUGGACUUCCUAAAGCGCCUCGGCGCAGCCAUCGACCAGGACUACAUUCCCUGGAAGACCCUCAUCAUCACCUUCUCCGUCGCCGAAUACGCCCUCGAGUCCUACCUCACCUACCGCCAAUACCAAAUCCUCCGCUCCCAACAGAUCCCCGCCCAACUCAAAAAUGAAAUCGACCAAAAAACCCACGACAAAUCGCAAGCGUACGGACGCGCCAAAGCCAAAUUUGGCGUCGUCUCUGCCACAUUCAAUCAGAUGAAGAAUAUCGCUUUGAUCUCAUACAAUUUCUACCCGUCAUGGUGGGCGGUGUCCGGGCUGUUGAUUUCGAAAUAUGCGCCCUUGAGGUUCUCGGGCGAGAUUACGAGGAGUUUGGUGUUUGUCUUUUCGUACAGUUUCUUGGACACGUUGGUGGGGUUGCCGUUCAGUUACUGGCAUCACUUUGUGUUGGAAGAGAAGUUUGGAUUCAAUAAGCAGACGGUGGGACUAUGGUUGACGGAUUUGGUCAAAGGGCAGGCGCUGAGUUUGGCGUUUGGGAUACCGAUUGGGGCGGCUUUCUUUAGGAUUAUUCAGGCUACGGGUGAUAAGUUCUUCUUCUACAUCUGGGCUUUUAUGUUCGUGGUCCAACUCCUCGCUGUGACGAUAUACCCGAUUUUCAUCGUCCCCCUUUUCAACACACUCAAACCUCUAGAGGCCGGCUCUCUCAAAGAACGCAUCGAAGCUCUCGCAGCCAAACUCCACUUCCCGCUCGACAAGCUCCAAGUUAUCGACGGAUCGAAACGUUCCUCCCACUCUAACGCAUACUUCACCGGUCUCCCGGGUCUACCCAAGAAGAUUGUUCUCUACGAUACCUUGAUCGAAAAAUCCACGACUCCAGAAAUCGAAGCCGUACUCGCACAUGAACUGGGACACUGGAAGAUGGGACACACUGUAAAACUGUUGGGAAUCAGCAGUUUCCAUUUGUUCUACAUCUUCGCACUGUUUAGCGUGUUUAUCAAGAACAACAGCUUGUUUAAGGCCUUUGGAUUCGAAGUGGAAAGACCCAUCUUGAUUGGCUUCUUACUCUUCAACGAAGUCUUGAGCCCCACCGAUAGUCUGGUCAAGUUUGGGAUGAAUGCUUUGACGAGAAAGUUUGAAUUUGAAGCUGACGCCUUCUCCCACUCCCUCGGCUACGCAUCCGAAUUGGCCGCGGCGCUCAUCAAACUCCAGAAGCAGAAUCUGAGUUCCAUGGACGCUGAUUGGAUGUAUUCUGCCUUUCACUACAGUCAUCCCAUUUUGACGGAAAGACUAAAGGCCAUCGGGUGGACGUCGGAGAGAAAGAUUUCGGACGAAGAUGUGAAGAUUGGAGGGAAAGAUGCUCCUGCUGCUGCUAAGGGUGGCAGUGGAGAGAAAAAGGAGUUGUAGCAUUGAAUAAUUCCAAGUAAAGACCGUUAGCUAUUGAAAUUUUC